UUUCGAUUUCAUCACCAUGCAACCAUUCGGCCUAGUCCUCGCGUUUGUUGCCCUGCUCGCUCAUGACGCCACCGCCCAAGCUGCGUGCUCAACCACAGGCCGCUCGGUCACAGUAUCUGGCUUCGUCAUGGAUAACUUUUGCAUUCAAAGGGGCACCCUGCUGGACAAUCCCGAUGUGAAGACUCUCGAAGGCCCCGACGCCCACUCGAUCCAUUGCCUCGUAGACAUCAAGCGCUGCGUCGAUUCCAAGUACACCAUCUUGGCCCCGCCUGGGAACGGCUCUGACCUUUACUCGGUCAAGUAUCAGCUGGACGAAACUGCCACGGCCACCGCCAAAAGUUAUGCCGAAGCUGCGCGGGAAUUGGGCGGAAAGAAGGGCUUUUCCGUGACUGUGACAGGGGUAGAUGACGGCACCCCCGUGCUCAAGUGCGUGGAGGUGUCCAAAGAUGUCGUGGUCGACGGGAAAACGCUUAGUCUGCCCGCCACCACGUCAAUUAACUCCGCUUCGACGCCGUUCACUGUUGGGUCUAUGGUUCUGGCUCUGACUGCAGCAGCGUCUGCUUUGCUUGUAUAAACUAUGUAAUAAUCAAUAUAACGUUACACCUUUAUGCUAACGUUCGUACUGGG